CAAUUACUUUCUCACUACUAAAAUUCUCACUUUUAACACGUGCUGCUGCGGUACAUUAAAAAAAUGAAAAGGGACAAAGUUAAACAGAUUAAGAAACAGGAAAAGCUGCAGAAACAAAAUGUUAGGAGCAAUUUGGGUGGAAAGGAAGUUAUUCAAGCAGAGUCAGUCGCUAACGUACUUGAUGACGAUCUAGAUGAACCGACAGAAGAAUGCAUAGGAAAAGAAGAACCGACUAUACCAUCCAAAGUAAAGAUUGGCGCAAUUUCUAAAGAUUUUCCAGAGGAUCACAUUGUUCACGUUAACAAAUUACCCAAAAAAUGCAAAGUUAUUGACAUCAUAGAAGCUUUUGCGGAGUUUGGUCCACUAGACACUGUCCACAUUCAAGAGGGCCCAAUUGACAGUACAGCCAAUAUUUCAUUCAAAAAUCCACAAGCUGCCACCUCAGCCUUAUGUGCCAACAAAAAGAUUAUUAAAGGAUCGGCGAUAGUAGUAAGAUUGAAACAAGAUACUGCUAAAAAAAAUAAGAAGCGUAAUGAAAUACAAACUAACCGUGAAGGAAGAAUUUAUGUAAAAUUUUUAAAACGUGGAACAACUGAAGAGCAGCUGAAAGAACAUUUCAGUUUAUGUGGAAAUGUGGAAGAUGUACGAAUAGUAAAUAAAAACUCUAUUACCUACGCAUUUGUGACGUUUUCUGCAAAAGAGAUGGCUAAUAAUGCUCUUAAAUUACACAACUCUGUGUUAAAUGGCAGCACUAUUGGAGUUUUUGAAAGCAGCUCGGACACCAGUGAGCAUGUGGCAAAGCGCGACCCUACACUUACGAUUAUGUUAAAAAAUCCACAAAAUUUGGAAAACGUGGAGGGGAAAAUAUUAGAAGCGAUAUUUCAAAAGUGUGGUGAAAUAGAAUCAAUGGACGUGAUAUGUAGAAAAAAUGCACUUGCUUUCAUAACUUUUAGAACGAAAGAAGGUGUUGAGAACGCAUAUGGUCUUAGCGGAAAGACAAUAAAAAACAUAGCGUUGGAAGUAGUUGCUUAUAACCCAGAGACACCUAAAACUUCUAUAUUCAUAAUGAAUAUAGCAAAAGAUGUGACUGAAGGCGAUUUGCGGAAGCACUUCUCGAAAUCGGGGGAAAUAUCUUCCGUUAUUCUUAAAAAAGGAUUUGCAAUUAUUCAUUUUAAAGACUCGGAUGGUUACUGCAAAUCGUUUUUACUUAAUGAAUCAAUACUUAAAGGCCAAAUGAUAUUCCUUGAGCCACAUUCUUUUAAGAAAAAUAAAGUCUUAAAAUUUAAACAGAGUCAAGGCAAAAAACGUCGAUCUCGAAACAUUAGCGGAGACUAUGAUGCUAAACGUUCUAAAACUGAUUAAUUUUUUCAGUAUGCUAAUAUCUAAUUAGCCUGAUUACUACUUAUUUAAAUAAAUCGACAUUUUAUCAAUAUAUAUAAAAUGGAAUAAUUUA